AAGCCCAUUUUACCUCUCAGAGAAUAAGUUUCUACCUGCACCAGGAGUAUAUAUAUAGCUCUGGUGAGGAGUAGGACCUCACACAGCCACUGAAUCUCUCUGUCUGAAGACAAGACAGCAGCUCAUCACAUCACUAACCACAGCACCACAGAAGAAGAGAUGGCCCAGAUCAGAGCCCCUGUUAUUGUGCUGCUCGUGCUCCUGGCUGUGGGGCUGUUCACUACUGAGGCUUCUGCAGCUAAACAAGGACGUCGUAGAAGAGGCUGCUGUCAAACCUAUACUGGUGGGGAAAUACCUUUUGGAGUUAUUGUAGGCUAUACCAUACCGAACAUGCUUGAAAUCUGCAGAAUCCCUGCCAUCAUAUUCCACACUAAAAAGGGGAAAGACUUGUGUGCAGACCCUUCCCAGAGCUGGGUGAUCCAACAUGUCAACCGACUGGGGGACAAGGCGGUUCACAUCAGGAAAUCACAGUCCUAAUCCGAUGAUGGGUUCUGGAUACAGAUCAUUAGAACAUGUGUAUUUAACAGUCAGGAACUGAACAUGUUAAUAACUAGUGUACAUCUCCCAUCCUGUUUCAUCUGCUAUCCAUCCACCUAUAUUGUCUGGGCUGAAUUUAUAUGAAUAGAUUUGGUAAAUGAAUGAAUUAUUGUCAUAAUGAAACCUAUUUUUAUAUGUGCAAUAAGGUUACGAUCUCGUUAAAAAAGUAUCAGGAAACUAAAUGUUUAUACUUUUUCCAUGAAAACAUUUGAUACUUUUGGCACCAUUACUGUUACAUUUUAUGUCAAUAAUAAAUAUAUUUUCCUAAGAA